CUCUUGGUGGAAAACGCAUUUGCUGAAGAAGCCGAAAACCCGCGAAGAUGGAUCCUGGCCCGGAGAAGCACCAGCAGGGUGAUCAGCUGGAAGCUCAUAGUGUAGCGCUUCCAGCAGAUGGAUCCCCAACGUCAGAGGAACAUCAGGAUGAUGGUAAGGAUUUGGGUAAGAUGUGGUCAAAUGUUGACAUUUCAGGCAACAUGGUUUCUGGAGAUCAUGGAGAGGAGUCUAGGUGUAGUUCCCCUCCGCAGUCUGUUGACUGUACUAACAGCUCCAGAGGUAGCUCCAGUCAGGAUGACUGUUCUAGCAGUUCUGUUGAUAGCUGUUUUAGCAGGUCUUGUGGUAGCUCUACGACCAGCUACAGUGGUAGCUCUACUCCUAUCUCCAGUGAAGCUGAGGUAGGUAACGAGUUUACUAGCAGCUACGGUAGUAUCAGCACUACCAGCUGCAGUCCAACAGUGGACCGUCCUUACGCUGAGCUGGAGAUGGCUCAGAAGCUUGAAGAGGGCACUUCUCAGUUGACCUCACUUGAAUCCACACAUGGAUUUGUCAAGCGGGAAGAGUCCAUUUUGAGCCCAGAUGACUCCACACUCGCUGGUAUCUCGCAGCGUCAUCAGGUAGGUCUGGUAGGGGAUGUGACUCGUGCGCCAUCCGUCACCGGCUUAAACAGAAAGAGGACAAAUCAAAGUGACUCUGAAGAGGAGCCCCCUGCCAAGAAGACCAGGGACGCUGUUGCAGAAGAGGAGCUCUCUUCCAAGAGGACCAGGGACAGUGAAGAUGCUGAAAAGGAGCCCCCAGCAAAGAAGUCUAGGGAGAGAGAAGAUGCUGAAGAGGAGCCCCCAGCCAAAAGCACCAGGGAGAGUCAACCUAGAGAUGGGCUCCCCUCCAAGAGGACCAGGGACAGUGGUGCUGAAGAGGAGGUCCCUGCCAAGAGGUCCAGGAACAGCGACGAUGAAGAGGAACCUGUUGUCUGUCCCACCACAAAUACAUGUGAAGCUGAGGUAGGUAACGAGUUUACUAGCAGCUACGGUAGUAUCAGCACUACCAGCUGCAGUCCAACAGUGGACCGUCCUUACGCUGAGCUGGAGAUGGCUCAGAAGCUUGAAGAGGGCACUUCUCAGUUGACCUCACUUGAAUCCACACAUGGAUUUGUCAAGCGGGAAGAGUCCAUUUUGAGCCAGAUGACUCCACACUCGCCGGUAUCUCGCAGCGUCAUCAGAAAGAGGACAAAUCAAAGUGACUCUGAAGAGGAGCCCCCUGCCAAGAAGACCAGGGACGCUGUUGCAGAAGAGGAGCUCUCUUCCAAGAGGACCAGGGACAGUGAAGAUGCUGAAGAGGAGCCCCCAACAAAGAAGUCUAGGGAGAGAGAAGAUGCUGAAGAGGAGCCCCAGCCAAAAGCACCAGGGAGAGUCAACCUAGAGAUGGGCUCCCCUCCAAGAGGACCAGGGACAGUGGUGCUGAAGAGGAGGUCCCUGCCAAGAGGUCCAGGAACAGCGACGAUGAAGAGGAACCUGUUGUCUGUCCCACCACAAAUACAUGGUGUGAGGAUCCGUUCCGUCAUCCCCUCGCCUCAGUCCCUCUCCCUUGCCAUUCUGGGUGGAUCCCAUUUUUUCACCCAUCCGUCUUUCACCUAA